AUGAUCAUCCUUCUCGCAGCCGUCUUCUUCUGCUACACCCUCAUCCGGCUGUGGCUGAUCAUUCACCGCGGCGACCCGCCAGAUAUCCCCCGAGCCGUCGACCCGCGCGGAUAUGCCGUUCCCCGGACCCCCAUACGGGUGGUGAUGGCCCAAGACGAGGAGGCUGCGGGCGCUGAGAACGAGACAAUGACGAUGAAGCCGCCUGCCUACGGACUUUGGCGGGAGAGUGUGCGCGUGGACCCCAACCGCUUCUUCUGGCAACGUAACGAUGCCGCCGAGCCCGCCCCUCCGCAGACGGCAACCGGACCGAGGCCGCCGUCUUACGCCUCUGAUGACGGCGUAUCCUAUGUGGUUGAUGCGGUGCCUCGGUCUGUUGCUCCAUCGUCAGAUGGCGAGCAGCAGCCGGUACAUCCCUCGGAACGGGGUCGGGCUGGCCAGCCACCCCCCAACUAG